AUGAGAGGGAUCCCAGUUGGUGUUCUUGUAAAAGGCCAUACUCCCGAGCAGCGUUCUCCUCAUCUGUUUCGAAUUCCUCAUGUCUUCGUUCCUUUCGACAGCAGCUGCGCUGCAUUGUCAAUGCUGCUCGAAGGCAUUCAGAGCCAAAAGGCAGACAUUGAGCAUGCACUGCACCAGAGUGGAGCUGUCCUUCUUCGUGGAUUCGAAGUACUCACUGCCUCAGAUUUCAACGAUGUACUUGAAGCCUUCGGGUACGAUAACUUCGUCUACAAUGGUCGUGGGGCACAGAGGAAAGCCAUCACUGGAAGGGUUGUCACGGCUAACGAGAAGCCUGUGCAUCUUCCUAUAGGUUUCCACAACGAGAUGGCAUACCAACUCAAGACACCAAGCAAGGUGAUGUUUUAUUGCGACAUUGAGCCUCCUGAAGGUGCCGGAGGCGCCACACCCAUCGUACAUUGUAUACCAAAGGCUCAAGAAAGAGAUGCCAGAAUUUCUGAACAUGGUUGAGGAUAAGGGGCUUACUUACAUUAGGACUCUGUGCAACUAUCCAUCAGCAAAGGAUAGCUGGCAAGAAAUCUUGCAAGCAUCUACCAAAGAGGAAGCGGAGAAGAAGUAAGUCUUCCUGGUUCGUAAUUUGCUUUGAUAACUUCACGGUCUCAUUCGCUAAAGAAGGGAACAAUCGCAUUGAGUGGAAUCAAAACGGCACAGCAUCUCUUUUCAUGGGACCAAGAAUUGGAACAAAAUUUUGCAAGUCAAAAGGAAGAAAAGUUUGGUUCAACAACAUUGGUUCAACUUACGAGCUCAUGCUCACCUCCCCACCUGGAGAACAUGGAAUAAGCUUUGGCGAUGGCACUCCUUUGAAUGAAAAGUUUCUCGCAGCUUGCAAGAGGAUAAUGGAAGAGGAAAAAGUUGCAUUCAAAUGGCGCAAAGGAGAUGUGCUCGUCAUCGACAACGAUGCUGUUUUACAUGGAAGGGAACCAUCGAGACCACCACGAAAAAUUCUUGCAGCAUUAGCUGCCAACUAAAAUAAGAGUAGUUUCGAGUGUUGACGUAGGAGCGUUGAAGUCUCACUCCUUUCGAACUCUAUUCUUAUUUACGCCGUUCGACUGACCGCCCCACGGCCCAUCCCCACUAUGAACGACCCGGUCCGAGUAUAAUCUAUCUAUCUGUGUUUA